UCACAAACAAAUUUACAGGGUCUUUUGGACACCCCCCUCCUCCCCCCCCUCUCAUUUAGCUUUUGUUCUGUUCAAUUGACCAUAUGUUAUGAGUAUUUUGGAUCUUUGAAAACGUUUAAUGUCUUGUUUUGCCCCCUAUAUGCGUCCACUUUUUCUCUUCAUCCAUUAUGUCUGGAAUAGAAUUUCCAUCAAUGAGCCCAAGAAGGAGCAUGCGAAACGUGAACCAUCUCAAUGUGCAAAAUGAAAUCCAAAUGGACCCCCAAAUGGACCCCCAAAAUGGAGCACAAGGCUUGCGAAAUGCCGCCCGACUCAACAGGACUAAACGAGACAUGGCAAAAGAGCUUUUCUCUGAUAAAAUUAGAGAAAAAGUUCGUCAAGAAAGACAGGCAUUUCAACGGUUGAUUGCUGUUCGCGAUGCUGAGAUUGCUCAGCUGAAGGCCGAUUUGCAAGGAUGCCAUACGCACAACCGGAGUCUAAUGCAAGCAAUGAAUAUGAUUUCACGACAGUUGCACGAGGUUAUGCAGGGUAUACAGCAACAUGAGAACUCUCAAUUGAGGGCUGACACUGCUGGCGACAACAACCCAAGGCUUCUAGCAACCGACCCUGAUCCACAGAACAUGUCUUUUCCAAAUGACCACAUAUAUGUCCAACUUGAGGGUGCUGCUCCGCCAUUUAGUGGUACCGUACCCUCAAACAAUGCAUAUAGUUUGGAAGUUCAACCAUUGCCCCAAGUUGCUGAAAACAUUCGCGCGGGUGAGGAGGAUGAUGAAAGAUAUCUUGAUCAUAUUUUCAGUGCUGUGUAG